UGACAAACACGCACUGUCUAAAACCAUAGUUGGCGAAGUGCUAUAGAAAUAUUCGUGAAAAAAUUAGAAACCAUGCGAAGUCGGCCACUAAUCGAAGGGAGACGGCAACAAUCAUUUGAGUCGUGUGAUUUGAUAAAAUGAUCCAAAGAUUAACGUUAUGAAGUAAAUAUAUGUAUUCACACCGAUAAGAAGUGGUCAGUAUUCCGAGAAAAAUCACGUGGUACGUGAAAAACAAAUUGUUAAAAAUGAUUCUUCGAAAAAGGAUUUGGCCUCGUACUUUAAGUGACUUCUUUUCCAUGAUUUUUAUAUUGAUCAUCGUGCCUCUGUUAUAUUGGUUCGAAUUAUGGGUGGUAUUACCGGCAAUACAUGAAUACGCAACUUUGUUAUUUAUUUUACAUUUUAUCUUUGGAAAUUUUAUAAUGUUAAAUAUUGUUGGAAAUUUCACAUAUACAAUUUUCUGUGAUACCAGCACUAGAAGAGAUAUUAUGCCAAUAAGUGCUGCAAAUACUAGAGACGGUUGGAGGUUAUGUGCUUCUUGUGAAACUCUUGCACCUCCACGUUCGUGGCAUUGCCCAACUUGUAACGUUUGCAUUUUAAAGAGGGACCAUCAUUGCAUUUUUACUGGGUGUUGUAUCGGUCAUUACAAUCACCGAUAUUUUGUCAUGUUUCUUUUGCAUUUAUUUAUAGCAACAGUGUAUAGCUUUUAUUUCAACAAUUUGUUCAUUUGGGAUAGGAUACACUUUGAAUUUCCUAUGUCAAUAAUCAAAAUUAUUUUUCCUUUAGCUAUAUUUGUUUUUGGGUUCGAUGGUUCUAUUGACCAAUUUUAUCUACUUUUAUACAUUGUAUCUACAGUAGGAAUGUUGUACACCGGGGUUUUAUGCAUUUAUCAUUUCUGUCUAAUAUUUAAUGGUAACGUAGCAAAUGAAAGUAAUAAAAAAAUAUGUACAUAUAAUUUAGGUUGGAAACAAAAUAUAAAGGAAGUAUUAGGUGAUCGUUGGUAUUUAGCACUGAUAAUUCCUUAUGUAAAAUCUCAGUUACCACAUAAUGGUGUAAUAUGGGAUACAUCAAGUUCAUGGCAAUAUAUCAAUCGUAAGAGUAAAUAAUGCAUUUCUUUAUAAAAAAUAUAUACAUGUAAAUGAACAACACAAAUACAUGAAUGAAGUAAAACAAUUUUUAGCAUGGAGGAAACAAAAUAAAUUUCGUAAGGUUCA